AAUGUGUCUGUUUCAUUUUGUUUCAGAGUCACCAACAACAUGACAUCAGAAAACCACACAGAUGUCUCAGGAUUCCUCCUCUUGGGCCUCUCUGAGGAUCCAGAAUUGCAGCCCUUGCUCUUUGGACUCUUCCUGUCCAUGUACCUGGUCACUGUGCUUGGGAAUCUGCUCAUCAUCCUGGCUGUCAUCUCUGACCCCCACCUCCACACUCCCAUGUACUUCUUCCUCUCCAUACUGUCCUUUGUUGACAUCUCUUUCACCUCCACCAUAGUCCCCAAGAUGCUGUUGAAUAUCCAGACAGAGAACAAAGCCAUAAGUUACACAGGCUGCCUUACUCAGGUAUUUUUUUUCAUAGUUUUUGUAUGUAUGGACAAUUUACUCCUGACUGUGAUGGCCUAUGACCGGUUUGUGGCCAUCUGCCACCCUCUAUAUUACAUGGUCAUCAUGAACCCCUGCCUCUGUGGCCUGCUGAUUCUACUGUCUUUGUUCAUUAGCAUCAUGAAUGCCCUGCUCCACAGUCUGAUGGUGUUGCGUCUGUCCUUCUGCACAGACCUGGAAAUCCCUCACUUCUUCUGCGAACUUGCUCAGAUCCUCAAGCUUGCCUGUUCUGAUACCCUCAUCAAUAACAUCCUGGUGUAUUUAGAGACUAGUCUGUUGGGUGUGGGUCCUCUCUCUGGGAUCAUUUUCUCUUACAUUCGAAUUGUCUCCUCCAUCCUGAGAAUCCCAUCAACUGGUGGCAAGUGUAAGUCUUUUUCCAUCUGUGGGUCUCACCUCUCUGUUGUUUCCUUGUUCUAUGGGACGUGUGUUGGUGUCUACCUUAGCUCUGCGGCUACUCUGUCCUCCAGGAGGAGAGCAGCAGUGGCCUCAGUGAUGUACACCAUAGUCACUCCCAUGAUGAACCCCUUUAUCUACAGCCUGAGGAACAGGGACAUGAAAAGGGCCUUGAGGAAACUUAUCUCUGCAAUACCUUCCUUUUUGUGGUUGUGUCAUCUGCCUUGCAUGUGGGCCUCUAGAACAAGUCAAAAGAAAUGA